GCAUAGUGGGCGCGAGGCAGCGUAAAGGAGAGAGCGGGACUGGGUGAGAGGCACGCGACGGUCACUGGGACGUUAUUGGAACGUCAUUGGACAGGCCCUGGACCUUAACGAGCUGCACGAUGAGGAAAAAUCAGAAGUAAGCCUGAUAACUUGCAUAAGAGGAGCAAACCUGGAUACAGUUUGUACCUUUUCAACAAUAAUGGAUGUACAGCUUUAUAACAUUUUGGCAUUUUGAAGGAAGCAAUGUGUGCUAGAGGAAUAAUUGAAAUGGAUAUCCGUCUACUGAAUUAAAGGAGAAAACUCAGUCAACCUUUUCUUUUCGAUUCGUUUGCUUUUUCUUUUGGAAUUUGCAUUUUGUCGUCAUUGCAGCUUACAUAUAUACUGCAAAAUUCUACUACUGGAGAUUUAUUUUUAUGGCAAUCAACACAAACUUGUCGAACAUCAAAGUUAUCACUCCUCUUGCAGAUGUUGUUCUCAAUACCUAGCUUUUAAACUUUUUAAUUUAGUUCGCCAUAUUAGAAGUAGAGAAUAUUUGUUAUCAUGGAUUGGGAAGAAGAUGACCGAAUUGUAGACUUGGAAUUCUUCUAUGCACAGGUGCAGCAAAAAGAUGUUUCACGUAGGCUACAGGUUGGGCAUCAGUUCUUAGAGUACCUGACAGACCACAGACACUCUGCUGAUCUGGAGCAGGAUUCUCAAAAGCUGGACAAAAUUAUUGAUGAGAUGGCCUCCUGGGUGAAUAGCAGCAAUUACAAGGUGACAUUGCUUGGAUUAGAUGUUCUUAGUGCCUUAACGGACAGGUUAAUAGAACGUUUCCGAACCUACUUGGUAACUGUUAUUCCUGUUCUAGUAGAUAGACUUGGGGAUGCCAAAGACCAGACCAGAGACCAAGCUCAAAAUCUUAUAUUGAAAUUGAUGGACCAAACUGCUCCACCAAUAUGUGUCUGGGAGAGGCUUGCUGCGGGUUUUAAACACAAAAACUUUCGGUGUAGAGAAGGAGUUUGCCUCUGUCUUAUUUCAACUUUAAAUAAGUUUGGUGUCCAAGAAUUAGGCGUCAGCAAACUAGUACCCCACAUAUGCCUGUUAUUUGGAGAUUCUAAUGCUCAGGUUAGGGAAGCUGCACUUUUAGCCACUGUGGAAAUUUAUAGACAUGUGGGUGAUAAACUGAGAGCAGAUCUUGCCACUAAAGGAAUAUCUUCAGCAAAGUUGCAAGCAAUAUUUUCCAAGUUUGAUGAAGUAAGACAUUCUGGUGGCAUGAUUCUGAACUACAACAAUGAUAAAAGCUUUGAUGAUGAAGAGUCAGUGGAUGGGAACAGGCCUUCAUCAGCUUUCAAGGUUCCUGCCCCAAAGAAACCUGGGAAUCCAAUCAACCCUGCUAGGAAGCCUGUAUCUGGAGUCAAGGGUGGAGGCACAAUGAAGGAAGGCGGUGCUGGAGCACUUGAUGAAGAAGAUUUUAUAAAGGCUUUUACAGAUGUGCCCACUGUACAGAUUUAUUCCAGUCGAGAACUUGAAGAGACAUUGAAUAAGAUCAGAGAAAUCCUUUCAGAUGACAAACAUGAUUGGGAUCAGCGCGCCAGUGCGCUUAAGAAGGUCCGAUCUUUGCUUGUUGCUGGAGCCUCAGAGUACGAUUGCUUUUUCCAACAUUUACGUUUAUUAGAUGGCAGCUUUAAACUUUCUGUAAAAGAUCUCCGUUCCCAAGUGGUUAGAGAAGCGUGUAUCACAGUGGCGCAACUUUCAACAAUUUUGGGCAACAAAUUUGACCAUGGGGCUGAAUCCAUUGUGCCUACACUUUUUAAUCUGGUUCCCAAUAGUGCAAAAGUUAUGGCAUCAUCAGGAUGUGCUGCGAUACGAAUUAUCAUUAGACACACCCAUGUCCCCAGGCUCAUUCCAUUAAUCACAAGCAAUUGCACAUCAAAAUCUGUAGCAGUAAGGAGGCGCUGUUUUGAAUUUCUGGAAAUGCUGUUGCAAGAAUGGCAAACUCAUUCUUUAGAGAGGCAUGUUGCUGUGCUAGUUGAUACCAUCAAGAAGGGAAUGCAUGAUGCUGAUGCAGAAGCAAGAAUUGAAGCACGAAAUGCCUACUGGGGCCUUAGAAGCCAUUUUCCUGCGGAAACUGAUGCUUUGUACAACUCUCUGGAGCCAAUGUACCAGAAGAACCUUCAGUCCCAUUUAAAGACAUCUGGUAGUGCUGCAUCUCUUCCCCAAUCAGACCGCUCAUCCUCAAGUUCACAGGAGAGUCUUAAUCGUCCUUUUACUUCAAAAUUGUCUACUGGGAGUAAUCAGUUGCCUGGAAGAGUUUUAGGAAGCAGUAAUAAGCCGGUACCAUCACCUGGUAAUUUACAACGAUCCCGUAGUGAUGUCGAUGUGAAUGCUGCAGCUGGUGCAAAGACAAGACAUGCAGGUGGAGGACCAGUUGGGGCUGGACGUGCUGCAGCAGCCAACUUGCCACCAGGAUCAUGUUCUUCGUUAGAGGAUGCUCCUGACAAGAUGGAUGGGCGUGUUCGUACAAAACUUAGCACAGUUCCUACCACCAUUACACCUGUUAAGACAGACUCAAGAGGACGGAGUCAAACAAAAGCCAUAUCGCAGUCACAACGUUCUUCAUCUCCUGACAAACCAGAAGGACCACAGUCUGCUAACCCCACCCAUGCUGGAAGUCGAUCUGGUUCUCCUGGUAGAGUAUUAACUACGACAACACUAUCAACUAUGAGCAGUGGAGUGCAAAGAGUGUUAGCAAAUCCCCCAUCUGCACAAAAACGAAGCAAAAUCCCAAGGAGCCAAGGAUGCAGCCGUGAGGCCAGUCCAUCUCGGCUUUCAGUUGCACGAGGAAGUCGUAUCCCUCGGCCUAGUGUGAGUCAGGGGUGCAGCCGCGAGGCCAGCCGUGAAAGCAGCAGGGACACAAGCCCUGUCCGCUCUUUUCAGCCUCUUGCCUCCAGACAUCACUCCCGAUCUACUGGUGCUCUCCACACCCCUGACGUGUAUGGGGCCUCAGGACUUGGAUAUGGUAUUAGUCAGCAAAGUCGACUGUCGUCAUCUGUCAGUGCUAUGCGUGUACUAAACACUGGAUCUGAUGUAGAAGAAGCAGUUGCGGACGCAUUGCUCUUAGGAGACAUACGGACUAAGAAAAAACCAGCCAGAAAACGGUACGAAUCAUAUGGCAUGUAUUCAGAUGACGAUGCCAAUAGUGAUGCCUCAAGUGCCUGCUCAGAACGUUCCUAUAGUUCGCGAAAUGGAAGCAUUCCCACUUAUAUGCGGCAGACAGAGGAUGUGGCAGAGGUGCUGAACCGUUGUGCAAGCUCAAACUGGUCUGAAAGGAAAGAAGGGCUUUUAGGCCUACAAAACCUUCUAAAAAACCAGAGAACCUUGAGCCGAGUUGAAUUGAAAAGGUUAUGUGAGAUCUUUACAAGGAUGUUUGCUGACCCACAUAGUAAGGUGUUCAGCAUGUUCCUGGAAACUUUAGUUGACUUUGUACAUGUGCACAAGGAUGACUUGCAAGAUUGGCUUUUUGUGCUGAUCACACAGUUACUUAAGAAGAUGGGUGCUGACCUGCUCGGAUCUGUGCAAGCAAAGGUUCAGAGAGCUCUUGAUGUGACCAGAGAAUCAUUUCCAACUGAGCUCCAGUUCAGUAUACUCAUGAGGUUUACAGUGGAUCAAACCCAGACACCAAACCUUAAAACAGCCAAACCAGCUCUGCAAGACCAACUUCGUUCUUUUUGGAGCUCAAAGGUAAAGGUUGCCAUUCUUAAGUAUAUAGAAACUCUUUCUCAGCAAAUGGAUCCCAAAGAGUUUGGAAACUCAAGUGAGACUCGACUUGCUGUUUCUCGCAUCAUAACAUGGACAACAGAACCCAAAAGCUCUGAGGUUCGCAAGGCAGCUCAGUCAGUGCUAAUUUCAUUGUUUGAACUGAACACUCCAGAAUUCACAAUGCUUCUAGGAGCUUUACCAAAAACAUUUCAAGACGGUGCCACCAAGCUUCUCCACAACCAUCUCCGAAACUCAGGCAAUGGUAGCCAGGGUUCAACUGGUAGUCCUUUAACAAGGCCGACAUCCCGCUCACCAGCCAGUUGGGGCAGUCCUCUUACAUCCCCAACCAACACCUCUCAAAAUACUUUGUCUCCAAAUGCUUUUGACUAUGAUACAGAAAACAUGAACUCAGAAGAUAUUUAUAGUUCUUUGCGUGGUGUUACAGAAGCCAUUCAGAACUUUAGCUUCAAAAGUCAGGAAGAUAUGAAUGAGCCUGUUAAGCGGGAUGCCAGGAAAGAUGAUGUAGAUUCAGUUUGCAGUGGUUCUGGGUUAGGUGAAUUGAGAGGGACUGGUGAUUUUCUAGAUACUGGUCGGACAGCUCUUGAUAAUAAAACUUCACUUCUCAACACCAUGCCCUCACGUCUGACCCAAAGGUCACGAGACUACAACCCAGGCAAUUAUUCAGAUAAUCUAGGUGCCUAUAACAAAUCUGCUUUGAAAGAGGCUAUGUUUGAUGAUGAUGCAGAGCAGUUUCCGGAAGCUGACCUGCCUCUGGAUUAUUCAGAAAUAGUUGGAGAGUUACUUAAAGAGCUAUCGAACCAUAAUGAACGUGUAGAGGAGAGAAAGACAGCAUUGUGUGAACUUAUGAGAUGUACAAGAGAAGAGUCAUUUAACGUUUGGGAUGAACACUUCAAGACAAUUUUACUUCUCUUGCUUGAAACUUUAGGAGACAAAGAGCAUACCAUUCGUGCAAUGGCAUUAAGAGUACUACGAGAAAUUCUAAAGAAUCAGCCAUCAAGAUUUAAAAAUUAUGCAGAACUCACAAUUAUGAAGACCCUGGAGGCUCACAAAGAUCCUCACAAAGAAGUGGUAAGGGCAGCAGAAGAGGCAGCAGCAACUUUAGCCACUUCCAUUAGUCCUGAUCAGUGUAUCAAAGUACUGUGUCCAAUUAUCCAAACAGCAGACUAUCCAAUAAAUCUUGCUGCAAUUAAAAUGCAAACAAAAGUCACAGAAAGGGUGACAAAAGAUGUCUUGACGCAAUUAUUACCUGAGAUUGUGCCAGGUUUAAUACAGGGAUAUGACAACUCUGAGAGCAGUGUACGUAAAGCCUGUGUCUUCUGCCUUGUAGCAAUUCACGCAGUUAUUGGUGAUGAACUGAAACCUCAUCUUAGUCAACUCACUGGCAGUAAAAUUAAACUUUUGAAUCUUUACAUCAAGCGGGCACAAACGGGCACAGGACCAGUCGACCCAGCAGCAGAUCAGGCUGGUCAGAGCUAGUGGCUAACCUCAGAUCUCCUAAUCCUUCCCUCAUCUCCCACUGCUUCAGUGGAAGACAUUUAUCAUUGAGAGACUUUUAAUAUUCUGUUUUGAAAUCCUGCUUCUGUCAUCCCUUAUUUCCCUUGGUUUUAUUUUUCCUAAACCGAAAGCUGCUCAUGCUUGCAUGUGACUUCUGAACUAGUUUCCCCAAUACCUGAGGAGAACAGUAUUAAAAUCAACUCAGUUUAACUUAAUGAAAUGUAAUUGACUCCUGUGUGCAACUCAUGUGUCCCUGAAAUGUUUCAACUGACAUUUUAUAGCAAUGCAAAGUGUAAUAAAUUUUAAUAUUCUGAGGAAGUCGCCAGAGUUCUUUUUAGAACACACUUUUAAGAGUACAUUGAAAACUAACAUCAAGUAAUGUGCUCAAUCCUUAUUCAUAUCCAUAAUGAAACACACAAUAUAAUUGAUUUUGUUUGUGCAACAUAUAAUGUAAGAAUUUUGAACUGAUAAAUAUCAUAUUUUUUUUUUUUUUUUUUUUUGCAAGCAAGGUAAGACUAGUCUAAGCUGCCACAGGACCUGUCACUGUGUAAUAGAUGUAUCUCUUUAUUUAUACUGUAGGUUGAACAUGCCCAGAAAAAAAAUUCAGCUGGUUUUGUCAAGUUCUACCAACAGAAAUUGUAUUUGCCAAUAAACGAUAUUCUCCCUCCCCUUUGUUAUCUUUUCUAUGAGAUGAUAGGUCAUUUUUGUUCAUUUAAAGAAAGACUGGAGGUUGUAAGUUAUCACAGCAGAGUUUUAGUUUUUGAACACAGUUAGUGCAACGGUUGAGACUGUUUCUCUUUGAUGGAUAUGAACCCUGUCUGCCACCAUCCUUAUUUCAAGCAGGAUUCUUCAGAAUGGAGUCCUCUUCCCAAGCAUCCUCAGUAUGUAUUAUUCCUCGCAGGAAGGAAAUAUUAAGCUUACCUGAUAUAGUGGCUGCAACUCUGUAAUCAUUUAAGGCAAACUUAGUGUCACAAAAAAUAAAAUGAAUGUGACAUUUUAAGAUGUGACAGUGGUUUGAUAUUCAGAUCAGUUUUUCUAGUCUUUGCUAGAAUAUUUUAUUUUAACCAUUUGUAUUUUGAUGCAUCUUUUCAGCAAUACUUUCAAUUUGUUUAAACAAAGCCUUAUUGACUGGAGUCUGUUCAUUUCUUGUAUGUAUGUAUGUUGCUAUAAUUGUGAAAGUGGAUUGUUUGGGAAGAAUUUGUCUGAAGCUCUUAAAUUCAAUAUUAAGUUGGAGUGUUGGGUACUGUCAAGGGUUUAUUUUGUUUUUGUUUUUCAAUAAACAAGCACAGCUGUCCUCCUCCUUCUUGUAAUAAUAUGUAUUUGAUAUGAGAAUAAAUGCUUUAGUUUCUCUGACUUAAUUUAACAGCUAAAAAUAAUGUGUGAAUUGUUUAAAGGCAGUUGAAAUUUGGUUUCCAAGCCCAAGUGUUGUAUACUAUUUAUUGUUACUUAAACUGAUCAGAGGGGGAGAAAUGUGUAUAAAUUGCAUACAUGCAUAUAAAUAUUUCUUUUUUAUUAUUAUUAUUAAUUCUGCACUUGAUCUCCUUUCUCUGCCCAAGAUGCUCACAAUCUAUUUUAAGAUUCCACAUGUAUCUAAAUUUGCAAUCAAAAUAUAUUGCUUGACUACAAUGUAUUUGCUUCAUUAAGUGGAAUAUGAGUGGUUUGUUUUAUUGCUCAGUAGAGUGAAUUGGUUCUGUUACAAUGUGCAGAAAAUAUGCCAUAGCUACAGACAUAUUAAAAGGAAGUUUUUGAUGCAGAUGUGUUUUUUAGUCCUUUUAUGAAUGUGUAAAACUCUAUGCCUAUGUAACAGUCACUUUUUGAGGUGCUGCAUAAAAGAUCAAACAUUUGUUCUAAAUGACACUGUUUAUUAACAUGCAUAGUGCAUUCAUAGAUUUAUAUUUGGUUAAGUAUUGGCAAUAAACAUAUACAGAAGAUUGUUUGAACAAGUUGAAUUGACCCCCUAAUUUUAUCGUUUGGUAUUUUUAUUACUCUAGUAGUAUAAAGGGAGAUUAUGCUGCACUAAUUGUUAUGCAAGUUUUUACCACAAUAUACGAAUACUAGUACUAACAAAAAUAUUAAUUGUAUUGUUUAUACAGUAAGCUCCUAAAAUAAAAUUACCAGACUUGUCCUAGACAUGAGAAUUAUGAAAAGGAUUUUAUAUUUGAUCAUUACAGUAAUUGUUUCACCCUAGCUCCUUGUUUUAAUUUUGACAUUUGGAGUACAAUAUAUUUUGAAACUGACUGACAUUUAAUAUAUGAAAAAUAAACAUUUAUAAUAUGCAGUU